AUGCCCAUGAAAUGGACCCCCGAGAACGACCAACUCCUUCUCCUCAAAAUCUUGGAGACCCAUGACCUCUCUGUCGACACCAAGCGAGUGGCAGAUGCCUGGCCCAUCAACGAGGAUAGCGGCAAAAAGAAUGACCGUCCCACUCCUCGAGCCAUCACUGAGCGUCUUGUACGCAUGCGCCAGAUCGUCAAGUCCACCGGCACCGGCACCAGCAGCACCGACGGACACUUCAGCAUCGGCAAAGGCACUGGCUCCGCUCCCUCCACCCCCCGCAAGCCUCGUGCUUCCGGUCUCAAGACCCCCUCGACCUCGGGCAAGCGCAAGCUUUCUGGUCUGGGCGAUGCCAGCCAGAAUGCCCACAGGCCCGUCGAAGAGGAUGACACCCCCACCCACAAGAAACCUUUGCAUCCCACCCUGGCGGGCAUGAAUCGCAACGGCAAUCCCGACCAGGUCGGCGUCACCUUGAAACUCGAGGUCGAUGACGAUGAGGGCUUCGUGGAUCAGUUGACCCCCUCGCCCAAGCGGGUACGCAAGGCCAGCACCCUGCCUCUGGGGAUGGUGAGCUACAAAGAAGAAGACGACGAUGAUUUGACCGUGGAGAGCUCUUCGGAGUAUACUCCUGACCAGGUCCGCGAGGAUGAUGAUAUCUAUGCGUGA